AUGACUCUGGACUCCAUGAUGGCCUGCUGUCUGAGUGAGGAGGUGAAGGAAUCCAAGAGGAUCAACGCUGAGAUCGAGAAGAAAAUCAAGAGGGACAAGAAGGAAUCUCGGCGGGAGCUGAAGCUGCUGCUGCUAGGUACAGGAGAAAGUGGGAAGAGCACUUUCAUUAAACAGAUGAGAAUAAUCCAUGGCUCUGGCUACUCAGAAGAAGACAAAAAGGGCUUUACCAAGCUUGUGUUUCAGAAUAUCUUUACUGCCAUGCAGUCUAUGAUUCGUGCCAUGGAAACAUUGAAAAUCCUCUAUAAGUGUGAGCAGAACAAGGCCUAUGCGCAACUUGUACGAGAAGUGGAUGUGGAAAGGGUCUGCACUUUUGAACAGCCAUAUAUCAAUGCAAUCAAAAAUCUGUGGAAUGAUCCAGGUAUCCAGGAAUGCUAUGAUCGGCGACGGGAAUAUCAACUGUCAGAUUCAACCAAAUAUUACUUGACAGAUGUGGAUCGUAUUUCCAAGCCAGGCUACCUGCCCACCCAGCAAGAUGUUCUGAGAGUUAGAGUGCCAACUACUGGUAUCAUUGAGUAUCCCUUUGACUUGGAAAACAUUAUUUUUAGAAUGGUGGAUGUUGGAGGGCAGAGAUCAGAGCGGAGAAAGUGGAUACACUGCUUUGAGAAUGUCACAUCCAUUAUGUUCCUUGUAGCUCUGAGUGAAUAUGACCAAGUCCUUGUGGAGUCUGAUAAUGAGAAUCGGAUGGAGGAGAGCAAGGCUCUCUUUAGAACUAUAAUUACCUACCCAUGGUUCCAAAAUUCUUCAGUCAUCCUUUUUCUAAACAAGAAGGACCUUCUUGAAGAUAAAAUAAUGUAUUCUCACCUUGUAGAUUACUUUCCAGAGUUUGACGGUCCUCAGCGAGAUGCGACGACUGCUCGUGAAUUCAUCCUGAAAAUGUUUGUGGAUCUGAAUCCCGAUAGUGAUAAGAUAAUCUACUCACACUUCACAUGUGCCACAGACACGGAGAACAUCCGCUUUGUUUUCGCUGCUGUCAAAGACACCAUCCUACAGCUCAACCUGAAAGAGUACAACCUGGUGUGACCUGACCCCCUCCAACUCCCUCUAUACAGCGUAGUAACCUCCUUAUUACUACCAGAAUUUUGACAUUUUAUUUUCUUCCCUUUUUUUUUUUUUUUGCCAAAUUAGUGUAAAUACAGCAUAAUGCUGUAACUCUGCCUUUGAUAGAUGUAGUGAAAUUCAAGUCAUUAUAUAAUUUUAACCGGUUUCUACAGAAAGUCUUCAAUAUGUGAGGCGAGCAGAGGCAAUGUGACCAUUCCUCUGUAUGCCCGUUUCUACCUGCCCUCCCUGCAGCAGGUUCUUUUCUCUACUUUUAUUUUACUGGGUUGCCCCUGCCAUAAUUCCUCACUGAAAUAAUUUAGUUUUAUCAAUGCUGUUAAAUUGCAAUGCAGGUUAGAACUGACUACACAAAUGACAGGGCUAACAUGUAUUUUUUUUUUCUAGGGAUGAUGGAAUCGGUUGUGUGUGUGUGUAUGUAUGUGUUUGUAUAUUGUAUCUUAUAUAUAUAAUUUUAUUUUGUGCAUAUUUUCCCCCUAUGGAAACUGGUUCCCUAGUAAUUUCACUCUUACAUUUGGCAGUGUUAUUGAAGACCUCAAACCUGCAGUCUGCCAUGCUACAUUUGCGGGUAAAAAUAACGUACUCUUGUGGAUAUGCCGUUAUGGGGGCUCAUGCGCACAUCUCUACUUUUUGCAGUGUUCUGACCGUCUUUGGGUCAGUCUGCAAAACACAGAGCAGGAGGACAGGUCCUCUUCCCGUUUUUAGAUUUUUUUUUUUUUCCAUUUUUUUUUUUCUUUAUAGAUCUCACCCGGAAGCCAUGUGUAUGUGCUCCAUGUUUUGUGGAUCCGUUGUAUGUGUGCAUGAGCCUUUACUGAAGUAUUCUUCCCUACAAACAAUGGUGCACCAGAACUUCGGAGCUGCAGGGACUCCAUAUACAGCUUCUGCCAUAUGCACUGAGCUGUACUGGUUCCUGUGGACAGAACCUCCAGUAGUUUUUGCCAAAUUUACCUUAAAGCCCUUGUUUUUGGAGCCCUUUUGAAGAUUAUAUUAGAGCUCUGCCUUGCUAGCAGUUCCUAAAAUAGGCUUUUAGGGAAUAGCCUUUCCCGAUUCACUAUAGUAAUCUGCGGUGAUCUGAAGCCUGUAUUGUACUGGUGGCUGCUGCAGGGAGAGUCCUAACAUCCUGAUUAUUGCUCCCAGACCAU